AGCAUGGCCGACCUCGUGGAAAGUGUCCUGCAAUCGAUCGCAGAAAAGGAGGCGAAAUACAAAACUGUAGAGGUUCCGAAAGAUAUUGAACUUGAAAUAGAUGAGGGAAACUUACUUGCUAUUGACCCAAAUCCGUUAGAACUAAAAUUAUUGAGACUGAAUAGGGAGACAUUUUUAAAAGACCUUGCAAGAGACAACACACAACUUCUCAUAAACAAACUAUGGAAGUUGCCAGUGGAAAGAAAGGAAGAUGUCAUUGUAGCUAAACUUCCUGCUCCUAAGACAAUUAUUCCGAGAGAAAAGCCUGUUCCAAAAGAAAAGAAAACCACCAGAUGGGAACAAUAUGCGGCACUCAAGGGCAUACAGAACAAGAAGAAAGGACGCAUGGUCUAUGAUGAAGUUCAUAAGGAAUAUCGUCCAAGAUGGGGAUACAAGCGAGCGAAUGAUGAGACUAAGGAGUGGGUUAUUGAGGUGCCACAGAAUGCUGACCCAUAUGAAGAUCAGUUUGCCAAGAAGAAGAAAGAAAAGACCGAAAGAUCAGCCAAGAAUGAGCUGCAGAGGUUGAGGAACAUUGCAAGGUCACAUAAAAUGAAAGUGCCUGGUGUGGGCCUCACUCCGACAGACACUCCCUCAAAAGACCAUGUUCAGAAUGCCUUACGAGCUGCCAAGAGGUCGACAGCUUCUGUUGGAAAGUUCACGAAAAAACUGCCCGCAGAAAAGCCUGGAAAAGAUAAUCGAGGAAAGAAACGAAAGUUUGAACCAAAUAUUUCCGACUUCAAAAAAGAAAAGAAAAAUUCUCUUGAAAUCUUGAAUAGACUGAGCGGCAAGAAUCCUAAACUUGAUGUCAACAAAGCAGUUAAUCAGCAUUUAAGAGAAGAGGACGAAAAGAGACGGGAACGGAGAGAAAAUGGAGAGGACACGAGGAAGAAAACGGGAAGACGUUCAAAAGCUGGACAGAGUAGUGGCAAAGGAAAGGGACGAAAGGUUAAGAUGGGUAAACCAGGAGGCAAGAAGGGUGGAAAAGGAAAGAAAAGAUAGUCAAAACCCUAGUCAAAACCCUUGGGGUUUAUCUAUGAAUGAACAGUGAUACGUUUUCCGAAGUUGAUGGUAUGGGAUUUCAAAGGAUACUUUGAAGACCGGGAGAACUUUCCGGUUUGAAAUGGCCAUGGGUAGCCAGUGUGCGCUUGUUGGUUUCCGGAGAAAGUUUUCUGGAUUAGACUAGGAAAUUUGAAGCAAUUUGAGACUGUUGUACAGUACAACGCGCAAUAUGAUAACUUACAUCUACAUGUUCCUACCAUUUCAUGCAAAAGGGAGGUUUCAUUACCUUUCAGGCCAUGCAUCCUUGAUCCUACUUGUUUUCUCCUUGUCAAUCUAAUAAAAAAUAUAUAUUAUGUAA